AUGCAAGACGGAGCAGAAUCAAACCCUCUCCCCACGCUGCCUCCAGCACGAAGCAGAGAUGAAGUACUGCAAGCCAUCAUGACAUUUGGCGAUGCCGACGGAAAUAGAGGAGGAUCUGCUCGUCAGGGUGCUGUAAAGGUGACGGAGUUCGCUCCGCCUCGCAUGCCUGGACGUUAUGCCUCAGCGCCACCUAGUCAAACCCCUAAAGACUGCAUGCCAGUCCAACCAGAUGCAGGAUCCUUAGGUGGUGAGUCAGACCACAGCCAUGACCGCGGCCACGCCGUACCAGGCGCUAAUGGUGCAGGUUCUCGUCGAGCUCAUCCCAAACCCAACCGUCACGUAGCGCAGCACCGUCGUGGGUGGCUCCAGCUUCUGCAACCCAUCCCACCCCCUAGCCGCCUACUCGCUCCCUUCAACCUGAAGCUCAACAUCGACUACGACGUCCACGCGCGGAUCUUCGCACAACUCAACGAAACCCCUAUACUUCCCUCCCUCAAAACAACCCGUCGUGCUGCCUUGCAUUCUCUCGAAAGUCUCAACACUAGGCUCACUUUGGAUCUUCCAUGCGCGUUAAAAUACUACCCAGGAAAAGCGGCUGAAGAGGAGGAAGGGAAUCUGCACCUUCUCCCAACGAUCCUCGCCACGAAAGGAAUGACGAAGAGCGCCAUCCACGAGCUCGAAGAAUUGCGAAAUAGCUUCAAAGAUCUUGAACCGGGCUACGAGAACGCUGUCAACACCUCACGCAUCGCCUACCAGCAGUCCCUCCCCUUCUUGCCCUCAUUCCGGCGCGACGCUUUUUACGCCUCGUUCUACAAAUACGCGUUUAGGGGCUAUUACGCCGCCCAGGACGCAGCUGUCGCAAUGAAGCAGCAAUGGGGGCGAAACAUGCUAGAGGUGUUUCUGAUCGAGCUAGAAAAGCUGGAGAAAAACGCCCUGCAUCCCGACACGCUCAGCUUCGGCCAAAGCCCUGAGGGAUUGGGUACGAGCAUGAAUACCACGGUUGGCUCCACCAACACCGCGUUCUCAGGGUUUAGGUCCCGGCUGAUGUCGUGGGUGCGUGGCGAAGACGCUAUGCAAGACGCCGAGGAUCCCGAUGUCCAGGCAGUGCGUGAGUGGUUGAAAGGCUGGUAUUUCCGGCAUGUGUUCGAGCCUGCUGCUCCUAACACGGAGAUGAGUAGGGCAAGGGCGGAGAAGGAGUGGAGGGAUGUGCAGUGUGGGUGUUUGAGGGGUGCGUAG